AAUUAUUGUCGUUUUCCCGAUUUUAAAUACGCCUCACACUGGGAUCGUAAUAAUACUAGAUGUGGAACCAAAGUUCCCAUCAUUUUAUGUUGAGUCCAGCCGUAAUAUUUUGGUGUAACACCUCCACGUUGGUGACAAGCGGUGACCGCUGCAAGUGAAGUUAACCUAUUUUACGAAUCAAACAUGUUAUAGCAGUUGUUAUUUUAUCUUUUGUGCUGUAUAGACUUGACUGUUCAAUGGCGCGGGUUGUGAAAGUUUUUCGGACAUUGCGUAAUCAUUGGAAGAAGUCAACAUUUGCUGUGUGCGUCUUAGCUUACGGAAGCCACUGGCUUUAUGGGAGACACUGUGACAAUGUUCUGCGAAGAGAGGCAUGCCUGGAAGCUAGGGAAUUUGGACGACAAAUAAUAGCGCCAAAUGAACGUUUAAAGAAGGCCACCGUGAUCUUGAACCCUGCAGCUUGUAAUGGGAAAGCCAACAGUUUGUUUGAAAAGAAUGCUGCUCCUAUUUUACACCUAGCUGGCAUUGAGAUUACAAUAGUGAAGAUGGAUUAUGAAGGUCAAGCCAAAAAAUUGAUGGAUCUCAUGGAACAGACAGACAUGCUGAUAGUAGCCGGAGGGGAUGGCACUUUGCAGGAAGUCAUCACAGGCUUACUGCGGAGGUCAGAUCAAGACUCAUUCAGUCGCACACCAAUUGGAUUUAUUCCACUUGGCUCUCAGAAUGCUUUGAGUGCCAGUCUUUACAUCCGCAGUGACAGCAAGGUCAAGGACAUUACGUCAGCAACUCUGUCCAUCCUGAAGGGAGAAACCGUGCCUUUGGAUGUACUUCAAAUCAAAGCGGAGACAGAGAAGCCCGUCUAUGGCCUGAUGUCACUGCGUUGGGGUGCUUUUCGAGAUGUUUCUGCAACUGUUAGCAAAUAUUGGUACCUUGGACCACUGAAGACAAUUGCUGCUCAUUGGUUUCACACCCUUCAGGAGUGGCCCUUACUACAUGACGUCACAGUGAACUACUUGGCUCCCACACUUCGGCCGCCUGACUUGCCUCCUUAUAAGCCUCCCAGACCCAACCUGCUCAAUCGCAUUAUCCGCAGACUGAAAAACUACUGGAAUCCGCCUCUGGAAGAGCCUCCAAAAGCAGAAGAACCGGAGCAAUGGGAGGAAACGAAGCUAUCAUCAGUCGAGCUGUUUAUUCAAACACACAACAAGAACCCUGUUGAGCGCCGCAUAAAUGACUCCAUGAUGAUUUGUGCCGAGUCUGACGACUUCACAGUGGGCGAAUUCAUCACCGUCGGAAAACAAAAACAUAACGACCCGUCUGUUCUCACUGCAAAUUCUACAAAAAUGGAAGCCAGUGCUUGCCGGCUGCAGCUACCACAGGACACUGGCAGCUUCUUCAACAUCGACAACGAGGAGUACGAGGCCAUGCCUGUGGAGAUAAGACUGUUGCCACGGAAACUACAUUUUUUCAUGAGUGCAGAGCGUCGACAAGAGCUUCUGUCACAUACGCAGUGAAGAGAAACUGGAGGAGACAAAAAUAACGCCUCGAAAAACAGACAGGCUUAACCACCUCACCAAGUAAUAUGAAAACUUACAGUUUUAAAUACCGGUAGUCAUUAACUGGUGUCUUUCUAUAUCUUGUAGAAAAGAAAGAUGAAAUCAUGUCAUCAGUUACAUUGCAUUCUCAUCUCAGCCUGUAUUCCAUGUAUACAUUGUCUUAGUACUUACAUUAUUAAAUGCCAAUUUAGUCAACA